AUGAACAUUCAUAUCGAGUUCCGAUGCCCGGCUGCGCCCAACAAGAAUGCUAAGAUACGGCGGGAGAUCCAAGAGAUUGAAGAGGCCCUCCCAACCAUCGAUCGCAUUGACAAGCCCAUGUACCAGAACCUCUUAACGACGCUGUACCAGCAGCUAUCGGAUGAGAACCUAACCGACCAGCACCGAGGGCCGCCUGACUCGGAUGAGGACAUGUCAGACUCGGAUGAGGAUAUGUCAGACUCGGAUGAGGACCCAACCGACCAGCACCAAGGAACGUCUCACUCUGACCUAGAACCGCCUCGCAUAGAUCCACUACACCAAGAGCUCUCGCCAGACCAAGUAAUCGCAUUGAUGUCCGCCUCAUUCCCUGGUCUCUCUCCAGCAUCGCCAGACAUUGCAGAGCUAUUGAGAUCGAUCAAAAAGCACAUGCAAACUGCGCCACCUCUGCACAUCCCUGAGAUCCUGGAGUCGCCGUCCACAUGGCCCUCUACAAAUGCCAUCGUCGACGCCCUCUGGGCAGAGGCGUCACAUGAUGAAUGCAGAGUAGCAUUGUCGUCGGUCCCUACCACGGGGUUAGACAUGCGGCCGGACUACCUUGUCAAGCCCUUCGGGUCGCCGGAAGACCCGCUGAUGGUCAUGAGCUCCUACCCGACAAGCGACCCGACAAGUUCACUUCACAUGUCGUACAGCACUAUCAAUGAUAUGUCCAACCAGUCCAUCGCUGUGCUAUUGAUUAAACUCGGAUACAAUGUCGCUAAUGUUCGCACAACCGGCGUGUUUAUGGUGGACCUCUUCUCCCGACGCCUCGACAGGAAGCGGAUGAUUGGUCUCUCUGAAAGCGUACCCAGCCAGCUUCGCCUAUACUGGCAGACUUUUGCGUUUAUCUGUCUCGACAAGUCUACCGCUCGAGUCCUCUUGGUAGUAGGAGGGACAGCGUUCCGGGACUACUGCCAGUACCUGAAAGAGCGAGGCAGGACAGCAAAGGUCCUAUAUUUGUCCGGCACCCAACGCUACAAAGCAGAAAUCCCGGCAGCAAUGCUAGAGUACUACGACAACAGCCCAACUACAGUUCGUCGUAUCGCCAUCAUCACGUUCCACCCCGAGCGCUUCGCAAGAGAAAAGAGUAAUACAAAGUCAAGCCGAGACGACGACAUGGCGAUCCGCGAACGCCUAAUUGAUUAUGCCCUAAUCAUUCUAUACGGGCAGCCCAACGUCCAGGGCUUCCUCUCCACAUGCGCAUACCACUUCAACCUCCGUUCAGGAGCGCUCGUACGGAAGGACAUCAUCGCCAAAGGAGGGAGCGCUCUGUCCUCAUAUCUCAAGCUACCUCUAACGCUUAAGGAUCCGCUGGACACAUUCCGUUCCGCCAUGAAGACGAUUAAGAUGCCAUUGUCCAAAGACGCCAUUGCGAGGAUAAGUGUGCUCGCCAUGGGUGCCGAUAAGGCACUCGAUUGGCUCGACCGCCCAGAACUCCAAGCCAUCUAUGGGCCCUACGUCGCAACCUACAAGGCGUCUGUCAUCCAGACAGAGGAUAUGAGAGUAAGGCGGGGUCUGAACCAGGUAGAGAGAGUCGAAGGCAGGCACAAGAGUGAAGAUCGGCGUAAGAGUCUAAGAAAGGCCUUGGACGACGAAUUUGGACCGCCAGCUAAGCGGCACCAGAGCGUUUUCGAGCAAGACCAACGGCGACGACUGUACACUCAGACAUUCUGA